AUGGCACAGAAGAGGGUUGCAGUUAUUGGAGCUGGCGUUUGUGGACUGAGCUCCAUUAAAUGCUGCUUGGGCGAGGGGCUGGAGUCCACCUCCUUCGAGAGAAGUGGCGACAUUGGAGGGCUCUGGCGAUUUGAGGAGAAUCCCGAAGAGGGCAGGGCCAGCAUCUACAAAUCUCUCAUCAUCAGCACCUCCAAGGAGAUAAUGUGCUUCAGUGACUUCCCCAUCCCAGAUGAUUUCCCCAACUACAUGCACAACUCCAAAAUCAUGGAGUUUUUCCGCAUGUACGCUGACUACUUCGACCUUCUGAAAUACAUUCACUUCAAGGGGAGGAGAACCAUUGUGGUCAGUGUGACAAAACGCCCGGAUUUCUCCACCACGGGCCAGUGGGACAUUGUCACGGAGACUGCGGGGAAGCAGGAGUCAGCCGUCUUCGAUGGAGUCAUGGUUUGCACCGGCCAUCACACCAACGCCCAUCUGCCACUGGACUCCUUCCCAGGGAUCGAAAAGUUUAAAGGCCGCUACUUCCACAGUCGGGAUUACAAGAAGCCCCAGGAGUUCUCGGGGAAGAGAGUCAUUGUGAUCGGCACUGGCAAUUCAGGAACAGACCUGGCAGUGGAGCUCAGCCACACCGCAGAUCAGAUCUUCUUUAGCACCAGGCGGGGUGCAUGGAUACUUGGUCGGAUUGGAGAAGAAGGGUACCCCAUGGACACAAUUUAUGUCACUCGCUAUAUAGAAUUCCUCUUGCGCAUUGUGCCUCUAUCCCUGCUUAACUACUUUACAGAAAAGAAACUGAAUGCAAAAUUCAACCAUGCAAUCUAUGGCCUACAGCCUGCGCACAGGUGA